AUGAAGAGUUGGGCUGUGAGCGCGCGCAAUCUCUAAACUGACCAAGGUCUCCGCCGCUUGACCCUCAGCUCACACUUUACACACAUUAAAAUAAAUUAAAUAAAUAAUUUAAUUUAAUUUUAGACUCGUUUUUUCUGUUUAUGGCGCGAGGAGAAGGCGCGGAAGAGUUUCCAGUCUCUUUACUGCCUCCGGCUAAACACAUAGGACAUGAUGGACUCAAAGUCAGCAAGAAGAGACCAAUGGGCGUGUCCGUCUGCAGCAAGCUGUGCUUUGCGAUUGGCGGAGCUCCAUAUCAGAUUACAGGAAGUGCUCUGGGCUUCUUCCUGCAGAUCUUCCUGUUGGAUGUGGCACAGUUAGAGCCGUUCUAUGCCUCCAUCAUCCUCUUUGCAGGACGAGUGUGGGAUGCUGUUACAGACCCCACUGUGGGUUUCCUUGUUAGUCGGAGUCAGUGGACGCGGCAUGGCCGGAUGAUGCCUUGGAUCGUGUUGUCCACUCCAUUCGCAGUUUUGAGUUAUUUCCUGAUCUGGGUGGUUCCCCCAGUGGAGAAGGGCAAAGUGGUGUGGUAUUUAUUCUUCUACUGCAUGUUCCAGUCUCUACAGACGUGUUUUCAUGUGCCUUACUCGGCCCUGACCAUGUUCAUCAGCUCGGAGCAGAAGGAGAGAGACUCGGCCACAGCGUAUCGUAUGACGAUAGAGGUUCUCGGUACGGUUCUCGGCACAGCUAUUCAGGGUCAGAUUGUGGGUGGAGCCAAUGCGCCCUGUUUAAAUCACACCUCCUUUUUGAAUGACAGCUAUAACGUUACACAGCUGAGCUCCGAGGUCAACGCCUCUCACAUCACACUGGAGGAUACGAAACAAGCGUACAUGCUAGCGUCUGGUGUGAUUAGCGUGAUCUAUGUCGUGUGUGCUGCUGUUCUGUUUCUUGGUGUGCGAGAACAACAAGAUGUGAAGGGUGUGAAUGCAGAGUGUUUGUCGUUUGUGGAGAGUCUGAAGCUGCUGCAGAAACACGGGCCGUAUGUGAGACUGGUCAUGGGCUUCCUCUUCACGUCGCUGGCCUUCAUGCUGAUGGAGGGAAACUUUGCUCUGUUCCUCACCUACACACUCGGCCUGCGCAACGACUUCCAGAACAUUCUCCUCGUCAUCAUGCUCUCUGGAACCCUCACCAUUCCUCUGUGGCAGCUGUUCCUCACACGCUUUGGGAAAAAGUCUGCAGUCUACGUCGGCAUCAUGUGGGCGGUUCCCUUCAUGAUCCUGGUGGUGUGUAUAGAGAGCACUCUUGUCAUAACGUACAUGGUUGCCGUAGCUGCCGGUACCUCCGUGGCUGCAGCUUUCCUCCUGCCGUGGUCGAUGCUGCCCGAUGCAGUGGAUGAUUAUAAAGUACAGAAUCCCAGCUCUCAGGGUCAUGAGGCCAUCUUCUACUCCUUCUACGUCUUUUUCACCAAGUUUGCCUCUGGAGUUUCGCUGGGCAUCUCCACUCUCAGCUUACAUUUUGCGGGUUACGUGUCGAGGAGGUGUGUGCAGCCUGACUCUGUGAAAUUAACAUUGAAGCUGUUGGUGUCUGCUGUACCUGUCUCCCUCAUCAUCCUCGGCCUGCUCAUCUUCAGAUCCUACCCCAUCAAUGAGGAGAGGAGGAGACACAACCGCCAACGCCUACACACCCUGCUGCAUGACAGCAGUGAAGAUUCUGAAAACUCUGAAAGACCUUCUGUCUGAAUCCUGAGUACACACACUACUUUUAGUGUGUGUGUGUGUGUGUGUGUGUGUGUGUGUGUGUGUGGGAGAGAGAGAGCAUCUAUAAGUGUCUUACUGAGAUUUGUUCACAUGGUGCUGGGAUAAAUGCAGGAAGAAGACAGAAUCUCUUUAGACUUUGAACUCAGACAACCCCUUGCACUGCACAGUGUUAAUAAUAAUAAUAAUAAUAAUAAUAAUAAUGGCUCCCCGUCACAGCAGUGUGGACUCCCAGCACAUGAGAAGAACCCUCAGCCCUGACCCGUCUUUAGUUUUGGAACACUGAAGCCCUGACUGACUGCAUCUGAAUAAAUUACUACAUUCAUUCAGAUUCAAAAGAAAAUCUUUCAUUUCUGCAUUCCUCUCACACACUCUUGUACAGCCCCCUUGUGGCCGACUUCAAGAAUUACACUCACUAUCCUCAAUUAGUUAAAAAAAGAAAAACACCAAUUUGGUCGACAUAAGAAUCUAAAAUAAAUACAAGAUGAAUAAGACAUUCGUGUGGGAAGAAGAUAUAAAAUCUAAAAUAAACAAAAACAACUAAAUCAGCAGACUCUACCUUAAAUAUUCCAAAUGGCUAAAUUGUUUACUUGUGUAUUUAUUUGUGUAUUAUAAAUGACUGACUUUAUGACUGUGACUAGAUUAACCUGACGUCACCCUGUGCUAAUGUGGCUAAUAUCUUUUUCUAGUCACGGCACAGAUUGAUGUUUUAUAUAAAAUACCGAUUUAAACACAAUAUCGUAGGCUACAGACUUUAGCUCGGCUAACCAGCUACCUCAAAUUCAAAUCAAAUUAAAAUUUUAUUUAUUAUAUAUGAAAUCAUACACAGUCCGACAUGUAGUGAAAUACUUUUAACGACUGUCCUUCGUUUGAAGAAAGAAUUUAAAGUGUGUGGACAAGAAAAGUAUAGGGAUAUAGGUUUAAAAAAAAAAAAAAAAAAAAGUGUAUGUGUGUGUGUAUAUAUAGAAAAAUAAGACUAACAUUAGGGUCUUGAUAAAUUAUGAAAAACACCAAUAGUUAUGUAAAGCCAAUUGUGUAUCAGAUACAAAUAAGUGUGUGUGAGUAUACACACUAUAUUGCCAAAAGUAUUUGCUCACCUGCCUUGACUCGCAUAUGAACUUAAGUGACAUCCCAUUCCUGAUCCAUAGGGUUCAAUAUGACGUCGGUCCACCCUUUGCAGCUAUAACAGCUUCAACUCUUCUGGGAAGGCUGUCCACAAGGUUUAGGAGUGUGUUUAUGGGAAUUUUUGACCAUUCUUCCAGAAGUGCAUUUGUGAGGUCACACACUGAUGUUGGACGAGAAGGCCUGGCUCUCAGUCUCCGCUCUAAUUCAUCCCAAAGGUGUUCUAUCGGGUUGAGGUCAGGACUCCAAGGACUCUUGGUGCACAGUCAUGUUGGAAGAGGAAGGGGCCAGCUCCAAACUGUUCCCACAAAGUUGGGAGCAUGGAAUUGUCCAAAAUGUCUUGGUAUGCUGAAGCAUUCAGAGUUCCUUUCACUGGAACUAAGGGGCCAAGCCCAGCUCCUGAAAAACAACCCCACACCAUAAUCCCCCCUCCACCAAACUUUACACUUGGCACAAUGCAGUCAGACAAGUACCGUUCUCCUGGCAACCGCCAAACCCAGACUCGUCCAUCAGAUUGCCAGAUGGAGAAGCGCGAUUGGUCCCUCCAGAGAACGCGUCUCCACUGCUCUAGAGUCCAGUGGCGGCGUGCUUUACACCACUGCAUCCGACGCUUUGCAUUGCACUUGGUGAUGUAUGGCUUGGAUGCAGCUGCUCGGCCAUGGAAACCCAUUCCAUGAAGCUCUCUGCGCACUGUUCUUGAGCUCAUCUGAAGGCCACAUGAAGUUUGGAGGUCUGUAGCGAUGGACUCUGCAGAAAGUUGGCGACCUCUUCGCACUAUGCGCCUCAGCAUCCGUUGACCCCGCUCCGUCAGUUUACGUGGCCUACCACUUCGUGGCUGAGUUGCUGUCGUUCCCAAACACUUCCACGUUCUUAUAAUACAGCUGACAGUUGACUGUGGAAUAUUUAGGAGUGAGGAAAUUUCACGACUGGAUUUGUUGCACAGGUGGCAUCCUAUCACAGUUCCACGCUGGAAUUCACUGAGCUCCUGAGAUCGACCCAUUCUUUCACAAAUGUUUGUAAAAACAGUCUGCAUGCCUAGGUGCUUGAUUUUAUACACCUGUGGCCAUGGAAGUGAUUGGAACACCUGGUUCUGAUUAUUUGGAUGGGUGAGAGAAUACUUUUGGCAAUAUAGUGUAUAUAUAAAACAAUAAAAUAAAAUAAAAAUAUGUAUAUAAUAUAAAUAAAAAUAAUAAUAAUAUAAUACAAUGUUAUAUAUAUAAUAUAAUAAAAUAUAUAAUAUAAUAAUGGAAUAUAAUAUUUAUAAAAUAAUAUAUGUAUAAACAUCUGUAAUAUAUAGUAUAUACAUGUAUGUAGAUAAAGACAAAUAUAUUGGCAAUAAAUAAUACAGUAUGUGCAAUGUGCAUACAUAAGAUGUAAAUAUAAAUGUCGAAUUUUAACAGGAAUAACAAUAUCUAUUGUACAACUUUCAAUUUUCACAGUAAAGUGUCGAUGCAGUAUGCACACAAAGAUGUGCAGUGAGUGUGGUUAUUGUGUGUGCAGAGUAGUGCAGAGUAUACAAGUAGUGCAAUUGUUGUGUGUCCAACAAUCAGCUGAGGUAGAAUGUAAUGUUUAUGUGUGGGGUAAGUCCAGAAAGUACCUGCUAACGUUAGCUCAGUACCGUGUUAUUGUAGCUAGCAUUAGCAUUACCUCGCUAAGAUAAAACA